GGGGCAACAGAAGCAAGGACAUUCCUCCUGCAAUUCCAACCUGUUUCCUAACUCAUAGUGCAAUCAGCUUCAAUCGAGAGGGCGGGGAGUACUUCUGAGCGGUCCGGCUGAUUGGCAGGGCUGCAGAGCUUUUGGGUGUGGGCUGCAGGCCCCCUGCGCCUUUGCCCCAGGAAGCCAGGACAUAUUUGAGCAGCGGCUCCUCCAAGGUUCAAAGUGGUUUAGGUCGCUGUGCGCAUCCACCGGAGGCUUCCUGUUAGAGUUUGCAUCUCUUCUUCCCAAAUCCACGUCGUGGUGGACGUUCCGAAGGAAAGCCCGAGGUCGCGAUGGAUCUUGAAGAAGGCCGAAACAAAGGAACGGGGAAGAAGAACUUCUUAAAAAGGGACCAAAAAAGUAAAAAUGAUAAGAAAGAAAAGAAACCAGCUGUCAGUGUUUUGGCCAUGUUUCGCUAUUCGAACUGGCUUGAUGUGUUGUAUAUGUUGCUGGGGACUACGGCUGCCAUCGUGCACGGAACUGGACUGCCCCUCAUGAUGCUGGUUUUUGGAGAAAUGAUAGAUAGCUUCGCAAGUGUAGGAAAUUUGGCACACAUAAAAAUUCCCAAUGUAACUAGUGGAAGUCUUAAGAAUCAUACACAUUUUGGCUGCACACUGGAGGAAAAAGUGACCAAGUACGCCUAUUAUUACAGUGCCAUUGGUGCUGGUGUGCUUGUUGCCGCUUACAUCCAGGUUUCGUUCUGGUGCAUGGCAGCCGGAAGACAGAUAUACAAAAUCAGAAAACAGUUUUUUCAUGCUAUCAUGCAGCAGGAGAUAGGCUGGUUUGAUAUGCAUGAUGUUGGGGAGCUUAACACCCGGCUCACAGAUGACAUCUCCAAAAUUAAUAAUGGAAUUGGUGACAAAAUUGGAGUGUUCUUUCAGUUACUAGCAACGUUCAUCAUCGGUUUUAUAUCAGCAUUUUCACGUGGUUGGAAGCUGGCUCUUGUGGUUAUGACCGUCAGUCCUAUUCUUGGUCUGUCAGUUGCUGUCUGGGCAAAGAUACUGUCUUCAUUUACUGAUAAAGAACUCUUGGCCUAUGCAAAAGCUGGAGCAGUAGCUGAAGAGGUGUUAGCCGCCAUUAGAACUGUGAUUGCAUUUGGAGGACAAAAGAAAGAACUUGAAAGGUAUAACAAAAAUUUGGAAGAAGCCAAAAGGAUUGGAAUAAAGAAAGCUGUUACAGCCAACAUUUCUAAUGGUGCCACUUUCCUGUUGAUUUAUGCAUCCUAUGCCCUGGCAUUCUGGUAUGGGACCACCUUGGUCCUCUCAAAUGAAUAUACUAUUGGACAAGUAAUCACUGUCUUCUUUUCUGUGUUAAUUGGGGCUUUUAGUAUUGGACAGGCCUCUCCAAGCAUUGAGGCAUUUGCAAAUGCAAGAGGAGCAGCUUAUGAAAUAUUCAAAAUCAUUGAUAGCAAGCCAAGCAUUGACAGCUAUUCGAAGAAUGGACACAAACCAGAUAAUAUCAAGGGAAAUCUGGAAUUCAGAAACGUUCACUUCAGUUACCCAUCUCGAAAUGAAGUUAAGAUCUUGAAGGGGCUCAACUUGAAGGUAGAGAGCGGGCAGACGGUGGCCCUGGUCGGCAACAGCGGCUGUGGGAAAAGCACGACGGUCCAGCUGAUGCAGAGGCUCUAUGACCCCACGGAGGGCGUGGUCAGUAUUGACGGACAGGACAUCAGGACGAUCAACGUAAGGUAUCUGCGGGAAAUUAUCGGCGUGGUGAGCCAGGAGCCCGUGCUCUUUGCCACCACGAUAGCUGAGAACAUUCGCUAUGGCCGGGAAAAUGUCACCAUGGAAGAGAUUGAGAAAGCUGUGAAGGAAGCCAACGCCUAUGACUUUAUCAUGAAACUGCCUAACAAAUUUGACACCCUGGUUGGAGAGAGAGGGGCCCAGCUGAGUGGUGGACAGAAGCAGAGAAUCGCCAUCGCUCGGGCCCUGGUUCGUAACCCGAAGAUCCUCCUGCUGGAUGAGGCCACGUCAGCGCUGGACUCGGAGAGUGAAGCAGUGGUUCAGGUGGCCCUGGAUAAGGCCAGAGAAGGCCGGACCACCAUUGUGAUAGCCCAUCGUUUGUCCACAGUUCGCAAUGCCGAUGUCAUUGCUGGUUUUGAUGAUGGAGUCAUUGUGGAGAAAGGCAGUCAUGAUGAACUCAUGAAGGAGAAAGGCAUUUACUUCAAACUUGUUACAGUGCAGACAAAAGGCAAUGAAAUAGAAUUAGAAAAUGCAGUGGAUGAAGCUGAUGCCUUGGACAUGUCUCCAAAAGAUUUCGGAUCCAGUCUACUAAGAAGAUCAACUCGCAAGAGUAUCAAGGGACCACAAGGCCAAGACAGAAAGCUUAGUACAAAAGAAGGCUUGGAUGAACACGUACCUCCAGUUUCCUUUUGGAGGAUUCUGAAGCUGAAUAUAACUGAAUGGCCUUAUUUUGUGGUUGGCAUAUUUUGUGCCAUUAUAAACGGAGGUCUGCAACCAGCAUUUUCAAUAAUAUUUUCAAGGAUGAUAGGGGUUUUUACAAGAAAUGAUGAUCGUGAAACCAAACGACAGCAUAGUAACAUGUUUUCACUCUUGUUUCUAAUGCUUGGAAUUAUUUCUUUUAUUACAUUCUUCCUUCAGGGCUUCACGUUUGGCAAAGCCGGAGAGAUCCUCACCAAGAGGCUGCGGUACAUGGUUUUCAGGUCCAUGCUGAGACAGGAUGUGAGCUGGUUCGAUGACCCUAAAAACACCACGGGAGCAUUGACGACCAGGCUUGCCAAUGAUGCUGCUCGAGUUAAAGGGGCUAUUGGUGCCAGGCUUGCUGUCAUUACCCAGAAUAUAGCAAAUCUUGGGACAGGGAUUGUUAUGUCCUUCAUCUUCGGCUGGCAACUAACACUUUUACUCUUGGUGAUUGUACCCGUCAUUGCAAUAGCAGGAGUUGUUGAAAUGAAAAUGUUAUCUGGACAAGCAAUGACAGAUAAGGAAGAGCUAGAAGGUGCGGGGAAGAUUGCCACUGAAGCAAUAGAAAACUUCCGAACUGUUGUUUCUUUGACUCGGGAGGAGAAGUUUGAAUCUAUGUAUGACCAGAGCUUACAGAUACCAUACAGUAACUCUUUGAGGAAGGCACACAUCUUCGGAAUCACUUUUGCCAUCACCCAGGCAAUGAUGAAUUUUUCUUAUGCUAUCUGUUUCCGGUUUGGCGCCUACUUGGUACAACAUGGCUACAUGGAGUUUCAGGAUGUUCUCUUAGUCUUCUCAGCUAUUGUCUAUGGUGCCAUGGCCAUGGGGCACGUAAGUUCAUUUGCUCCUGACUACGCUGAAGCCAAAGUGUCUGCAGCCCACAUCAUCAUGAUCAUUGAGAAGACCCCUCUGGUUGACAGCUACAGCACCACAGGCCUAAAGCCGAAUACCAUGGAAGGAAAUCUGACAUUUAAUGAAGUCAUGUUCAACUACCCCACUCGACCAGACAUCCCAGUGCUUCAGGGGCUGAGCCUGGAGGUGAAGAAGGGCCAGACCCUGGCCUUGGUGGGCAGCAGUGGCUGUGGGAAGAGCACGGUGGUCCAGCUCCUGGAGCGGUUCUAUGACCCCCUGGCUGGAAAAGUGCUAAUUGACGGCAAGGAGAUUAAAGAACUAAAUGUCCAGUGGCUCCGAGCACACAUGGGCAUCGUGUCCCAGGAGCCCAUCCUGUUUGACUGCAGCAUUGCUGAGAACAUCGCCUAUGGGGACAACAGCCGGGUCGUGUCUCAGGAGGAGAUCGUGCAGGCGGCCAAGGAGGCCAACAUCCACCCCUUCAUCGAGACACUGCCUGAUAAAUAUAACACCAGAGUGGGAGACAAAGGAACGCAGCUCUCUGGGGGCCAGAAACAGCGCAUUGCAAUAGCUCGUGCCCUUGUCAGACAGCCUCUCAUUUUGCUUCUGGAUGAAGCUACAUCGGCUCUGGAUACACAAAGUGAAAAGGUUGUCCAAGAAGCCCUGGACAAAGCCAGAGAAGGCCGCACCUGCAUCGUGAUCGCUCACCGCCUGUCCACCAUCCAGAACGCAGACUCGAUCGUGGUGAUUCAGAAAGGCAAAGUCCGGGAGCAUGGCACACACCAGCAGCUACUGGCACAGAAAGGCAUCUAUUUCUCCAUGGUCAGCGUCCAGGCUGGAACAAAGCACUUAUCAACUGUGAUGAUAUGAGCUGUUAUAUAUUGUUUAAUAUUUGUGUUAAAAUAUGGCAUUUAGGAGUUUCCUUUGUGGCUCAGCAGUAACGAACCAGACUAGUAUCCAUGAGGAUGGGGGUUCAAUCCUUGGCCUCACUCAGUGGGUUAAGGAUCCAGUGUUGUGGUGAGCUGACGUGUAGGUUGCAGACUCAUUUCACAUCUUGGCAUUGCUGUGGUGUAGGCCUGCAGCUGCAGUUCUGGUUGGAUCCCUAGCCUGGGAACUUCCAUAUGCCACAGGUGUGGCCCUAAAAAAAUAAUAAUCAAAUUCUUUAAAAAUAUGGCAUUUAAUCAAAAUUUGAAAAGUCAACACUUACGGGAAAAUCCAUGUACAAUAACUUGUUUAACAUUUCUUGCUACCACUGAAGAUCAUUCCACCAAGUUCAGAAUGAAGAGAGAGUUGAAAUUAAACUGAGUUUCAUUUACUAAAGAUCAAAUUAAACUGAAUUUCAUUCACUGAAGAUCAUUCCACCAAGUUUUCUGAAGAGACAGUUUGAAUUAAAGAAACAAACAAAAAAAAUUAAAUGGAAUAAAGGCUUUAAUUGCACUAUAAAAUUUAUAGAAUUCAAAGUUGAUUUUGUUAAGUGUAAAUUUUUAUUUAUAUUUUCUUUUUUCAGACUGUAACUGAUUACCUUGCUAAAAGAUUGUAGAAAUAGCAAAAAGUACUGAAUGUUUGCAUGAAGUGCCCAUAAUAAAACUAAAGAUUUAUAUAACUCAAGUCAUCUUGUCUAAAAUGCCUAUAAUUUAUCUUCUCCCAGUUGGAUUACUCAAGAUCAUUUCUGCAAUUAAAAGACUUAAGUAGUUUCCAUUGUGGCUAAGCAGUAAGGAACCCGACUAGUAUCUAUGAGGACAUGAGUUCAGUCCCUGGCCUCGCUCAGUGGGUUAAGGAUCUGGCAUUGACAUGAGCUGUGGGCAGUGGAGGUUGCAGAUGUGGCUGUUGCUGUGGUAUAGGCGGGUAGCUAGUGCUCCAGUCUGACCUCUUAGCCUGGGAACUUCCAUAUGCCAUGGGUGUGGCCCUAAAAAAACAAACAAACAAACAAAAAAAGCCUUCUUUAAAAACCCCUAUUAUCCCAUUCUUGGGCAUGUAUC